GGCGGCGGCGGGGCCAUGCCAGAGAUUUGCCGUGCCGGCCGGCCGCCAUGCGGCGGCUCCCGCUGCUGCUGCUGCCGCUGCUGGCCGGACUGCGGCCGGCGCCGGGCGAGCCGGAGCCGGCGGAGGCCGCCCCGUCGGGGGCGCAGUGCCUGGAGCACGACUGCUUCGCCGUCUUCUGGGCGCCGCUGCCCUUCGCCGCCGCCAGCGCCGCCUGCGAGCGGCACGGCGGGCACCUGAUGACCGUGCGCUCCACCGUGGCCGAGGACGCCAUCGCGCUGCUGCUGCAGAACCGCGGCGGGCGGCUGUGGCUGGGGCUGCGGCUGGCCACCCCCUGCACCGAGCCGGCGCAGCGGCUGCGCGGCUUCCAGUGGGUGACGGGCGACAGCCGCACCGACUACGCCAACUGGCAGCCGUCGGGGCGCAGCUGCGGCAGCCGCUGCGCCACCGUGUCGCGGGAGCUGCGCUGGGAGGAGCGCGGCUGCGAGGAGCCGGCCGACGGCUUCCUCUGCGAGUACAACUAUCCCGACAGCUGCCCGCGCCUGCCGCCCGCAGACGGGCUGCCCGCCGCCUACCGCACGCCCUUCGGCGUCCGCGGCGGGGACUUCCUGGCGCUGCCCCCCGGCAGCACGGCGCUCAUCCCGGCGCUGGGGCUGGAGCUGCGCUGCGCGGCCGCGAGCGGCGGCGGGGGGCUGCGCUGGGGCCGCGCCGAGCCCGGCGCCUGGCCCUGCCGCCUGGCCGGCGGCGGCUGCGAGGGGAGCUGCGCCGAGCCUGGGGGGCGGCCGAGCUGCUCCUGCCCCGCCGGCAAGGCGCUGGGCCCCGACGGCCGCGGCUGCGCCUCGCCCUGCGCCGGGGCACCCUGCCAGCACCACUGCGUGCCCAACGGCGACACCUUCCUCUGCAUGUGCGAGGCCGGCUACCAGCUGGCCCCCGACAGGAGCAGCUGCGAGGACGUGGACGACUGCGCCGUGUCGCCGGGGCUGUGCGAGCAGGCCUGCCUCAACACCGAGGGCGGCUUUGAGUGCCGCUGCCACCACGGCUACGAGAUGGUGGAGGGGCGCUGCCAGCCCGUCUCCAGCUGCUACGCGGCGCCCUGCGAGCACCGCUGCGAGGAUGUGCCUGGCGGCUACCGCUGCAGCUGCAUGCCUGGCUAUGCAGUCCACCCACAGGAGCCCGCCCGCUGUGUGCUGUACUGCGACCGCAGCCAGUGCCCAGCCGAGUGCAACUCGAACACCCACUCCUGCUACUGCCCCGAGGGCUUUGUGCUGGACGAGGCCUCCAGCAACGACACAGUCUUCUGCGUCGACAUCGAUGAGUGCGAGAUGGACUUCUGUGACCACAACUGCACCAACCAGCCCGGCAGCUACGCCUGCCACUGCACCGACGGCUAUGUGCUCGUCGACAGGAACCACUGCCAGGAAACCCAGACGGAGGACGGCGGGGGCUCCUCAGGAGACUUCGAGCUCUGGACGCCCGUCCCCAGCCGCGGCCCACCAAAAAUGGAGCACCUGCACCCCGGUGCGCUGGUGGGCAUUGCCAUGGGCGUCCUGUGUGCGGCCCUGGUGCUGCUGGCCGUUGGGUACCAUCUGGCCAAGAAGCGCUGCCGGCCGCCCACCUCCAUGGAUUACAAGUGUGGCAGCCCCCACGAGAAGGAGAUGGGACUUCAGCAGGUGACCACGGGCUGUGCUGCCUCUGGCCAGAAACUGUAGGGAGACCGGGUGGGACGGAGUGAGAGGGAGGUGAACUGGAACUGGGUAAAGUUUAUUUUCAACUCCCCUUCCCCCCCCGGUUUUGUAAUGAUAAAGAGAAUUCAGGAGAAGCUGUGAUCACCCCCUCCACCAGAAAAUAUGUGCUGCUUUUCAGCCAGCUCUCGUGAACGUGUGCCACAGUGAGCGGGGAGGGCUCAGGGUGCGCUGCCGCGCGGUUCCCGUUUCUGCUCCCUUUCCUGAGCCCGCGGGCAGGGAGGCUCCAGAGGGGAGCUCUGCUGGAGGAGCAGCCCCGCUUGGACCUGAGUUGAGCUCGAUACGCCUUGCCACGGGGUGAGAGCACGCGCCCAGCAACUGCCUUGAGGACCUUGGGCUGUGGGAGGUCGUCUCGCCUGAAUUUUUCCUCUUCUCGGCCAGAGAGCGCUGCAGGCUGGGGAUGAAGGCUUGUCCAGGGUGAAGAGGAGCUGGGAUGCUCCAGCUUUUGUCUAGAUUUGGUUUAGUGUUUUAAAACUGAUAAAUGGUGGGAGAAGGAGCAUGGGUCUUUUGGUCAGUACUUUGCCUGCCCUCUGUGCCUCCGUCAUCCUCAUCGGCAGAAAUUUUAUUGCUUUUUUUCUCUUCCCCAUUUUUUGCGUAUGUAUCUCUGCGCAGCUGAGCACUUUUCUAGUAAAAUCACUAGGGGCAGCAGGCACCCUGCUGGGUGUCAUCGUGGGGCAGGGGGGGAACGCUAAUUUCUCUUCCCUUUUACCAUUUUGGGGCUUUUGGGGGGUGCAGAGGUUAAAAGGGGAUACUGAGAAUGCCAGGGUAAUUUUUUCCAUGCUAGGGAGGGUCGUUUUCAGUGCCAUGAGACCGUGCCUUGUGUUCUCCGCACGUCUUCCGUCGUUUUCUGCCGCUGCUGGAUUAAACUGCUUGUUACAGAGCAACUUAACCCACCCCUCCCGUCCGCAAGCUUUUUUCCUGAUUUUUUUUUUUCCCCCCCCCUUAGUUUUAGUCCAGGGCUGAAUCUAAUUCAUGUCGAAGUUCAACGGCAAAACUUCCUUGUGGCGUUUGCAGGAGCAGGAUCCGACAUGGAGCUGGAGGAAGAUCCAGGGGAAGUGCUCUGUGGGGUUUUCCUGGGGGGUGAGAUCAGGGGCCGUGCCGCUGGGGCUGGCGGUGCGGGUCCAGGAGCUGGGCUGGGGUGAGCGAUGGAGCCGGUGCUGAGGGCUUUGGGCCCCGUUUUGGGGCUGGGAGUUUGGGGUCAGGGCUGGAGGGGCUGUGCCCCCCAGGGAUGGAGCUCCAUCACUGAGACAAACACCAGCUGCGCGCUGCGUGAACUGUUGCUUUCCUCGUGUAAAUGGUUGACCCCGCUAUUUUAUAGACCCAGCACGUGUGUAAAUAUUUAUUUAUUGGAAAUGUACCCUACGCAAUGCACAAUCACGUUGUGAUAUUGUGUGUAGACCAAUAAAGCUUUUACCGUCUCGUUUAUAGAAA